GAGCAAACAAACCGACAGAACACCUUCACUAUGGUAACUACCCGACAUUCAGCGCUGGGUCGGAACUGCAGUUACGAUGGAGUUGGUGCUUUGGUGGUGGCACAAAGCGCCUCGGCUACAGCGUUGGCACAGGCGGGCUUUUCUCAACCGAACAGCCCGCUUGAUGGUGAUAGAGGGAACUUUGUGGAUGAUCCUGUCCAUGUCCAUGUAUCCUGAUGCGAGGUCCCUCGUGAAUGUUCUUCACGCAGCUUUCACAGGAAACUAUGAUUCGACGUACGACUCUGUCCUUGUCAUCAGCUGUCCCAAUGAGCAGGCAGCGCAGGAUAUUGGCAGGUCUGUAAUGGAAAGAAACCUGGCAGCCAGAGUGAACAUUCUCCCCGGGACCACAGCAAUGUACAACUGGAAAAGUAAAACCAAAGUUGGAAGUGGUAUCCUGAUUCUGGUGAAAACACUGUCCACGUUCAGGACAGUUGAAGCUCAUAUAAGGUCCAUCAAUCCCUAUGUGAAACUUGAAGCCAAGGUUUUCGUAGGACGGUAUUCGGCUUUACACGAAGCAAAUAACGACAUAUUUCCAUUAAGACUGAUAAAGCCCUGACAUCAAAGCCAGUCACGUCAUGAACAGCAGUCAGACAAGAACGACUGUGGGCACGCUAUCAUUCAAAGUUCUCAGAAAAUUUUCUGCAUAGUUCAGAUUUGUUUCCAUGUGAUGGCAUUGUUUUUAAGAGAAAUAAAGUUUUUUUUUUUA